GACGGCACUGACUGGCAUCACUUCUGGGCACUGACUGGCGGCACUGACUGGCACAACCCCUGGGCACUGACUGGUGGCACUGACUGGCAGCACUGCUGGGCUGCACUGGUGGGCGGCACUGGUGGGCACCACUGGUGGGUGGGCACAGGUGGGUGGCACUGGUGGGCACAGGUGGGUGGCACUGGUGGGCACAGGUGGGUGGGCACAGGUGGGUGGCACUGCUGGCACAGGUGGGGGCACAGGUGGGUGCACUGCUGGGCACAGGUGGGGGCACUGCUGGGCAUGGGUGGGCGGGGCUAGUGGGCGCACUGCUGGGAG